CAUUGAUUCACAGCACCCAUUACUGGAAUCUGUGAGAGUACAGAGCUGUUGAGAGAGAGACAGGAUUGUGAAUCUGUGAGAGUACAGGGCUGUUGAGAGAAAGACAGAGUGUAGAAUGAAGACUCCUCUGCUGUUGCUCUGCAUUGCUAGUCUAUGGGCUGCCUCAGUCCAGAUCACAGAAGGCUGUGUGCGAGAUCUGCAAAUGGGCACAGACUUCCCAGGGGAUGAUGUCGCCAACGUGUUUGCUCCGGACGCAGAGUACUGCCAGCUUAUCUGCACCCAGCACCAUCUGUGCCAGUUCUUCACUUUCCUGACCAAGGACUGGCGUUCAGACAACAGAGUAUUCUACUGCUAUCUCAAGCACACCACCUCAGGAAAGCCCAGCUCAACAAGAAGCCUUGCAGCUGUGGUUUCUGGGUACUCUCUGAAGAGCUGUGAAGAAGCUUCCAGCACCUGCAGCCCCAGAGUCUUUAUGGGUGUGGAUUUCCCAGGGGUGGAUUACAAGUUCCUCUACACUGACAGCCACAGUGACUGCCAGACAGCGUGCACCACCGAUCCAGACUGCCAGUUCUUCACUUACCUCACCGACACGUUUGACAAUCCGGAGUAUCGACAAAAAUGCCACUUGAAGUACACCAAGAACGUCCCCAGCCCUCCGACCAUCAAUAACCUACAAAACGUGGUGUCGGGAUUCUCUCAGAGAGGGUGCAGUGCGAAAGCAAGCUCCACGCGUUGCUCAUCCAAGAUUCUGGAAGGCACAGAGUUUCCUGGGAAUGACAUCAUACACCACCCCGCCCCGUCCGCUGAGUUCUGCCGUCUCCUCUGCACCUUCGAUCCACGCUGCACCUUUUUCUCCUUUUUCUCUAAGAAGUUUGAGUGCUGGCUCAAACACUCCGAUGGCGGUAGAGUGGUAAAGUCUUCCUCCGCUGUGUUUUCAGGGAAUUCCCUGAGGUUCUGUGGCACCCGAAACGCCUGUACAGAAACAGUGUAUGAAAACCUUGACUUCCCGGGGUAUGACCGACGCUACCUGCUGCUGGAUGAUCCAGAGACUUGUCAGGAGGCCUGCACAGCCGAUCCGGAGUGCCAGUUCUACACUUACUGCAGGAGCUCCUUCUUCGACCCUCAACACCAGCGGCGCUGCUACCUGAAGCAGGAGGUGAAGACCCCCGUACCCCCAAACAUUACCAUUCUCAGGAGUGCUGUGUCGGGGUUCCACCAAAGAGACUGUGAAGAGAGGUGUGCAGAUGAACUGCCAGCUGAGUGUGGGAAGGUGUCUCUCUUCAGAUCUAGGGUCAUUGGUGGACAGGCUGCCGCUGCGACACGCUGGCCGUGGCAGGUGUCCCUCCACAGGAAUAAAGGCACGGACUGGUUCUCCCACGACUGCGGAGGAUCCAUCUUGAACCCUCGCUGGGUCGUCACUGCGGCUCACUGCUUCACUGGAAACAGUAACCCAGCGCUGUGGAAGGUGUACGCUGGGAUCCUGAAGCAGUCCCAGUUAAACACCCCUCCCUACGAGCUUGAAAAGAUUAUCAUGCAUCCGGACUUUGUGGAUGUCGUCACGGGAAACGACAUUGCCCUAGUGAAGCUGAAAAGUCCCAUCCUUUACAACGACAGACAGGGUCCCAUCUGCCUCCCAGACAGCGAGACCGCUUGGGAUGACCAGUGCUGGGUUUCUGGCUGGGGGAAAGUGUCCAAACUUCAGUACGCAGACCAGCUCCAGGAGGCACCCAUGCCGCUGAUAAGGCUGGAGGAUUGCAGAGCCCUCUACAGCGACUACACCAUCCUGAACUCCAUGCUCUGUGCUGGGAGACCAGAAGGAGGCAUUGACGCCUGUGAGGGAGAUUCUGGAGGUCCACUGAUGUGUCAGAGUAAAGACAGUUGGUACCUGAAGGGCAUUACAAGCUGGGGCGAAGGAUGCGCACUGCCCAACAAGCCUGGAGUGUACACCAACGUGAUCAACUACAUAUCCUGGAUCAAAUCCAGCAUUGCACAAUGUGCUUAAAGUUUGCUGAGGAGCUUCCCAUCAAACCAAACUGAAGCACAGAGCUGCCCCAUCGACACCUACACAGGACGGACUGGGGGGACUCGCUUCGAAAAAGAUUUAAAAAUAAAUAAAUAAAUUCUGUUUCAGCAUUCAA